AUGCAGUUCGCCGGUGACUCCAGCUGGGACAGCCAUCGGGAGGCGAGCCGCAUGGGCAGCAACAUCACCACGAACAUCGAGAUUCCUGGAAGUGUGGCGGCGAAGGAGGAGAAUGCGGUGGACUUGUAUGACAUGAGCGACCCAGCCAACAUGCACGAAAACAGCUACUUGAACGAAUUCGAGUACGCCCCAACCCCCUUCAACCCCCGUCGCGUCAACCGCUGCCGCCUUGACAACUUUAUGAUUCUCGCCACGCUGAUUUUUAUGUUUAUAUUAUCGGUAUUUGCCCUCAUCCCCCCGCUCUUCUACUACAAAUCCGCUACCGCCACCAUCCGCAUUGACAGCAUGAACGUAUGGGGCACCGGGGGGGAGGGCGUGCAUCAGCACUACAAAGUCCAAACAAUCUUCUGCGACAGCUAUGCUUUGAAGUCGGAUGGGUACCUGACUUUGUACAUCCUGACUUUCCUCACCAUCUGCGUCGGUUUUGUGUUGUCGUUGUUUCCCAUCAUCUGCGGCCGCGUGCUGCUCUGCACCUACCUUGUCCACGCUCUGCUGCUUCUGUGUUGGUUCUUCGUCAUGUUGGCCAUGGUCUUGGGAGUGCAGAUGUACAGCGAGAAUUUAUGCCACGACACGUCGCUAAAGAAGAUCGGCUUCCGCUACGGCCCAGCGUUCGUCGUGACGGCCGUCCACUUCUCUCUCCUCUCCAUCAUGCUGAUCUUCUUGCUCCUACGCACCAUCAAGAAUCCGUUUUAG